GCCCCUGCGCCCUGGCCCGUCUGCCCGCGGUGGCAUUUCAGCUGUGAGCUCCACAGCCUGCGCCGCUCCGGCCGCACAGAGGCAACGUCCACCCCAUCACAGCAGGAUCCUCUCUCUUUUCGUUGAAACCAAGGGAGGACCUGGCCAUGGGACCACCGCUACCCCACUAACCCUGGCUCUGAGCAUCACCAGAUCUGUGGCUUUUCCCUUUAUGAUGAAAGUGGCACACAGGAGGCAGACCAACGAAAAUGAGCCUCAUGGACAUCACCAAAAUGUUCUCCAUGCUCCAGCCCAAAGAAGAUGAAGACGACGACAACAACGCUGAAAGCGAGGAGCUGAACCGAGCGGUAGCAGAGGACAACCACCAAACCCUGGAGAACCUCUUAUGGCAGGACAGGUACAAGAGGGUCAUCAACCGCCAGAGCGGCUGGGGCAUCCCCAGCACGCCGCUGCGCCUGGCUGCCACGCGGGGCUGUGCCCGGAGCAUCAGGGUGCUCUUGGCACAUGGGGCAGAGGUGGACAGCCUGGAUGUGAAGGCUCAGACCCCGCUCUUCAUCGCGGUCAGCAAUGGCCACCGGGAGUGCGUGAAGGUCCUGCUGGAGGCAGGGGCCAGCCCCUGCGGCAGCAUCUACAACAACUGCUCCCCGCUGCUCAUCGCCGCGCGGGACGGGAACGUGGACAUCCUGCAGCAGCUCCUGGACCACGGUGCGGAAACCAACGUUCAGGCCAGGCUGCCCCAGUGGGUAGCCAACUCGGUGGCUUGCUCCGGUCCUCUCUACCUGGCUGCUGCAUACGGGCAUCUGGAGUGCUUCAAGAGGCUGCUGCUUUAUGGGGCUGAUCCCAACUAUAACUGCACCGAGGAGAGUGUGAUCGCCCACAUCAAGGAGCCCAAGACUCUGCUGGAAACCUGCCUGAGGCAUGGCUGCAGGAGUGAGUUCAUCAAACUGCUCAUUGACUUUGGAGCCAACGUGUACUUGCCCAACAUUACGGUAUAUGAGGCCACACCACGCAAUGAGAGCCUGGAGCUGCUGCUGCAGGCAAGAGCUCAUCCCAAAUCCUUGAUGGCUCAGUCCCGGCUGGCCCUGAGGCGCUUCCUAAAGCCAGCUGCCCACCUCCAUGCCCUUGGCAAACUGGAGAUCCCAACGGCCCUGGCAAACUACCUCCAACACCAGCCAUGACACACAGGCCAGUGCGAGGGACGCCUGCCCUGUAUGUGUGCUGAGCACCCACAUUAAAAGCUGCUGUGACACCUGCUCAGUGUGCAGCCA